AUGUCAUCCCGGGCCCCGUGGUCACCCACUCUGUGUUCUUCCUCGCACGUCAGUCCCACCUCACCGGGUCCUGCACGUCAGUCCUCACCUCACCGGGUCCUGCACGUCAGUCCUCACCUCACCGGGUCCUGCACGUCAGUCCUCACCUCACCGGGUCCUGCACGUCAGUCCUCACCUCACCGGGUCCUGCACGUCAGUCCUCACCUCACCGGGUCCUGCACGUCAGUCCUCACCUCACCGGGUCCUGCACGUCAGUCCUCAUCUCACCGGGUCCUGCACGUCAGUCCUCAUCUCACCGGGUCCUGCACGUCAGUCAUCACCUCACCGGGUCCUGCACGUCAGUCCUCAUCUCACCGGGUCCUGCACGUCAGUCCUCAUCUCACCGGGUCCUGCACGUCAGUCCUCAUCUCACCGGGUCCUGCACGUCAGUCCUCACCUCACCGGGUCCUGCACGUCAGUCCCACCUCACCGGGUCCUGCACGUCAGUCCCACCUCACCGGUUCUGCACGUCAGUCAUCACCUCACCGGGUCCUGCACGUCAGUCCCACCUCACCGGGUCCUGCACGUCAGUCCCACCUCACCGGGUCCUGCACGUCAGUCCUCACCUCACCGGGUCCUGCACGUCAGUCCUCACCUCACCGGGUCCUGCACGUCAGUCCCACCUCACCGGGUCCUGCACGUCAGUCCCACCUCACCGGUUCUGCACGUCAGUCAUCACCUCACCGGGUCCUGCACGUCAGUCCCACCUCACCGGGUCCUGCACGUCAGUCCCACCUCACCGGGUCCUGCACGUCAGUUCUCACCUCACCGGGUCCUGCACGUCAGUUCUCACCUCACCGGGUCCUGCACGUCAGUCCCACCUCACCGGGUCCGGCACGUCAGUCAUCACCUCACCGUGUCCUGCACGUCAGUCCUCACCUCACCGGGUCCUGCACGUCAGUCCUCAUCUCACCGGGUCCUGCACGUCAGUCCUCAUCUCACCGGGUCCUGCACGUCAGUCCUCAUCUCACCGCGGGUCCUGCACGUCAGUCCUCACUUCACCGGGUCCUGCACGUCAGUCCUCACUUCACCGGGUCCUGCACGUCAGUCCUCACUUCACCGGGUCCUGCACGUCAGUCCUCACUUCACCGGGCCCUGCACGUCAGUCCUCACUUCACCGGGUCCGGCACGUCAGUCCUCACCUCACCGGGUCCUGCACGUCAGUCCUCAUCUCACCGGGUCCUGCACGUCAGUCCUCAUCUCACCGGGUCCUGCACGUCAGUCCUCACCUCACCGGGUCCGGCACGUCAGUCCUCACCUCACCGGGUCCGGCACGUCAGUCCUCACCUCACCGGGUCCUGCACGUCAGUCCUCACCUCACCGCGGGUCCUGCACGUCAGUCCUCACCUCACCGGGUCCGGCACGUCAGUCCUCACCUCACCGGGUCCGGCACGUCAGUCCUCAUCUCACCGCGGGUCCUGCACGUCAGUCCUUACCUCACCGGGUCCGGCACGUCAGUCCUCAUCUCACCGGGUCCUGCACGUCAGUCCUCACCUCACCGCGGGUCCUGCACGUCAGUCCUCAUCUCACCGGGUCCUGCACGUCAGUCCCACCUCACCGGGUCCUGCACCUAGGUAUUACGAUGACUUUAGAGACGCUGUGACAGGAUUCUUAGUGCUGGUUGCUAAGCGUGACACGAGAUUAUCACAGGAGCUCUUGCAAGAUGAGAAGAGUGGCCUAGCAGUCCGAGUGGAAUCCAACAUGUCAAUGUUCAAGGAUGAUGCAAAGUUACUGAUAAGAGUUGUGACAGAUGAGGAUUGUAGGAACUCCAAAAGGACUUGA